AUGGCCGAGGAAGCCAAGCUCCGCGGCAACCGGUUCUUCACGGCCGGCCAGUACCUCGAGGCCGCCGACGCCUUCACCGAGGCCAUUGGCCUCGAGCCCUCGAACGCCAUCUUCUACUCGAACCGAUCGGGUGCGUACCUCAAGCUCAACCGCGGGCAGGACGCGAUCGCCGAUGCGAAAAAGUGCAUUGAGCUGCGGCCCGAGUGGCCCAAGGGCUACUCGCGCCUCGGGACGGCGCUCUUUUACGUCAAGAAGUACGCCGAGGCCAAGGCGGCGUACGAGCGCGGCCUCACCAAGGACCCGAACGACGCCAACCUCCUCGACGGCCUUCGCAACGCCAAGGCGCAGCUGCCGGACGCGGUUUCGCUCAAGGAGCUCACGAUGGCGUCGCCGCACGCCAAGUUUCGUACGUUCCAGUUUGGCCUUCGAAGCCUCAUGGCCGCGUCCUUUCUGCUCUACUGGACGGCGUGGGGCAGCGCGUCGACGGCUGCGUUUGCAUUUGCGACGUUCUUCAAGCUCGGCGCGGCCAACUAUGCGAGCUUCCUCGCGUGGAACCACGGCAAGCCGCAGAUGAACGCAGCCUACGCACAGCGCGUCGUGACCGACCCGACGACGCAGGCGCUCAUGUUCUGCCUCCUCUUUUGGUUUUCGAGCCCGUACUCGAUCGCGCUGCUGCCCAUCGCGCUCAACGAAGGCGUGCACUUUGCGUCGUUUGCCGGGUCGCUCUUCCUCUCGCUCGGGUCGUCUGUCGGCGCGACGUGCUUUUCGCUUCUGGACCCGAUCAUGCCCUACUACCUCGGGCCGCAGACCGCGUGGCACACGCUCAACAACCACGGCAAGUGGGCCGCUUUGUACCACCGCACGCCGCAGGUGGUGGCGAACCUCGACGUGGGCAUUGGUCUCUGCCUCAUCCUCGAGCUGCUCACGCCGGCGCGCAACUUUAUGCUGCUGCUCAUCUACUGGCAGCUGCUGCGCAUCCGCUACAUGAUCUCGCCCCAGCUCAAGAACGCGUUUAGCCAACUGGACAUGACGCUCUCGGCGCUCGUGCUCCACCCGCGCGCGCCCACGAUCCUCGCGACCGGCUACUCGAAGCUCAAGGACCUCAUGGCCAACAUGGUCAAGAUGCCGACGCCCGAAGAGGCCCAGCAAGCGUCCGCGAUGCCCAAGUGCUCGAUCAUGUAG